CCCCCGGCGGGGGUACCGUUAGGCCUGUACUGUAUGUUGGCAGUGACCGUACGAUUACAGAGUGGCCGGUUUCUGCUAAGCUUAACUACAUACUAAGUAACUCACUAGCCUAUCUUGUAAAGUCAAGUUGAACCUCCUUCCAGGUCUGUCUCGCUCCCAGCAGGCUUUCCCUCCCAGCCCUCACAUUUCCGAAGGAAUGUCAAAUGAUGACAAACAGGAUGCUGUUCUUGGCUUUCUCAACUAUCAACCGGAAUACUGGAAGUCAUGUGUCCCGGCUUCUAGAAACCAGGCAUGAGAAUACAUUCCACACUUCGGGGGGAGGGGGCGUGUAUAUGACACGUCAAUCCAUGGUCCGGAACCGACCAGAAAAUAAAUGUGUGUGUGUGUGUGUGUGUGUGUGUGUGUUCUCUGAUAGCCCAUUCCCCCAACCCGACGAGGGCUAUGGAAUUCGGAGAAUAGGAAGAGAGGGAGAAAGAAAGGACUUGGCUGGUCUUAUCCCAACCAGGCAGGGCUCCAGUUCCUGGUCUGAGAAAAAUCAGGCAAUGCUCUCUCGCUCUCUCUCUCUCUCUCUCUCUCUCUCUCUUCCCCUUUUACCGAUCCAGCUGAGGCACGACUAGCUAGUCGAGCCGAGUCGCGCAUACUAUGCCUAUUUGAUAAUCACAUGCACUCAAUUUAUUAUAACUAGACUACGGAAUACUCAGUCCCUCCCCAACGGCAA